AUGAAAGAAAUAUUCAAUGAGCGAUCCUUUUAUUAAGAACAUGAUCCUAUAAAGAAAAUCAGAAAUAACUUUAAAGAUUAUAAGGUAUUUAAUUAAGCAACAAUAUAGAUGUUAUUAGGUACUGACUAUCCAGGUCAAAUUGCAUCCACACCAUGCAAUGGAGAAAUUAUAACCUUUUAAUUGAUUUAAUAAGAAUAAUGGCUGAAAACUCUUUUUUUUAUGGUUAAGCAAUGGAUUGAAUUCCAUUAUUUCUUAAGUUCAAAUCUCAAAAAAGAUUAAAACAUCUCUUGCUUUUAUCUCAUCUGCAAUAUCGCCAGGAAUAAGACAAAUAAAUCAUGCCAUAGGAUAGGAUAAUUGUAAUUAUAUCUAUAUAUAUUUAGGAUUACUUAAAAAGUUUAAAUUUAGAGAUCAAUGCUAAUAAUCCAAUCAUUGUUAAUUUAAAUAAAGUUAGAAAAUCUUAUAGGAUUAUUGCAUCAUUAGCAAGUAAAUAGAUUUUAGAUGCUUAUCAUCUGAAUUUUUAAGAGAUCCAAAGGAAAUUGUAGAAAGACAACACAAAAUUUAGAAUGUGUUAUUCACAUCUAAAUAUAAUUUAUUAUUAGUAGCAUACUUUUUUUUUAUGAAGAAAUGGGGGGGGGGAUUUAGAGAAGAGGUAGUUAAAUAGAAAGAUGACAGAAAUUAUUAUUGA